GGCGUUGCGUCUCCAACGACAUAACCUACUCUCUUACUCUCCACAACCGAUAAGCAUUCCUUCCUUCACAAGCCCCACAGGGCAAAGCCGUCCAACUCAUCACAGAGUAUAACCAACUUAAAAGAUAUUUGAAACGAAAAAAAACUGUUGAAAAGUCAUCUAUUUUCCAUUUUUUCUCAUUACGAACGACAUGACCGAUGAAGUUACGCCUCAAGCUCAACCUUCUGUGAAGAAGGAGGACAAGAAACCCGUUUUUUCAGCCAAUAAUCGUGGUGCUAAACGGAGUGUUUCGAAUUCCAAACCUGCUGGCAACACGAACAAUGCCCAAGGAAACCCUCGCCCUUCUUCCCGGAGCAGCAAUAAGAAGCCCACUCAGGCGCCAGAAUCAGGUUCAGAGUCUGCUACCCGUAAAGGGACAGACUCUGGUAAAAAAUCGGAGCAGCAGCAGCGUAAAAAUACUGGUGGUGCGAACCGUCAGCAGACCCAUCGCAAGGCUUCUGCCUCUCAGGCCGGACGACGUGAUGCAAAAUCGUCGCCUGUCCCUCAGAACAAGGAGUCGAGUGACGCACUUUCUUCCCUGCAGCGGGUAAUCGCCGAUCUCAAAACAACAUCACCCCAGCCUCCUGUUAACAACCCUGGUCCCAUAGGUAGCUCCGUGUCAUCCAACCUCCCGGUUAACGCACCCGUUUUCCAACCAGGGAAUACGUACGCUGGUAUGGCCAGUAACCUUGACCCUAAACAUCGCAAAGUUCAGUCACUGGGCGCUUCGGGUCUCUCCGGUAACUUCAACUCUUUCUCUCCUAACCUUGGCUCAAUGAUGGAGGAUGCCGAAGAUUCCUCUGGCAUGCCGCUUGAGGAAGGUGAAAUUCCGAGUAACUAUUACACCUCCCCUGGACACCAGAUGCGUUCACAGUCCCAGAGCUUUACCGCUCCUCGAUUCGCCGCUUUGGCAGCACAACAAGAGCAGACCGACCAGCUUGGCCCAUCUGGACGUCCUCAGCUUGCCCCUAAUUUCAUGUUUGGCGGCGGUGCGACGAAGAAACCACAACGUUCAGGAGGUAUGGGACCUCCCAUCAACGAGGAUGUUGGUUUCCAGUUUCCACAGCAACAACAGAAUUAUCAAUCGGAUGUACCAGUCCACGAGUCAGGUCACAGAAAGGCAGAUAGCGGAGAGAUUACCGGCAUAAUGGCUGAGCAGAUUGCUCUUCAGAGUCAAAUUGAAGCGCUUCAGCACCAGCAACAAGCGUUGUACCAACAGCAACUCGCUUCAAAUCAGGUUCUGUCCUUCCAAACACCUGGCUUGGUCCCUAAUCGUCAUCGACGCGUGCAGAGCACGGCUCCUGGUAUAGGAGCUGGCGCUUUCAAUGUGCCUCAGAAUCCUAUGGGUCAGUUUAACAAUCUAGGGGGCCUUGGCCUUGGCCUAGAUGGUCAGAAUCAAGGCAUUCCUAGAGGACAUGGUCGUCGACAUAGUGUGAAUGUAGUCAACAAGUCUGGUCCUGGUACUUCCAUUGGCGGCUUUAAUGUCAACGAUGGCUUCGAAGAUGGUUUUGCGCCUCCUUCCAACUUCAAUGGUCAUUCGCGUCAGGUGUCGCGCGCAGACAAUAGUUGGCGCAUCAAUGGUGGUGUCGGUGGUAUACAAAACACCGCAUUCACCUCAGAUCUUGCUCAAGCUCAAGCGCAACUUCAGAGUUUGCAGCAGUUCCGUGCUGCCGCCGGAGGGCAUCAUCACAAGAUGGCUUCGUUCAGUUUCCCUAAUAUGUUGCCUAACAUGAUGGCCGCGAAUAUGAUGGGUAUGGGUCUUGGGGGUAUCAAUUUACUGCAGCAGCAACAACAGCAAUUCCAGUCUCAGCUCCAACAGCAAUCUGCCCAACCACAGCGCAAAUCUCUAUUUGCCCCCUAUCUUCCUCAGGCGUCACUCCCUCCCCUUCUCGCAGCAGGCAAACUGGUGGUCGGUAUUCUCCGUGUAAAUAAACGAAACAGAUCAGAUGCAUAUGUUGCAACCGAAGUACUCGAUGCGGAUAUCUAUAUCUGUGGUUCUAAGGAUCGCAACCGUGCUUUGGAAGGCGAUAUUGUGGCUGUCGAGCUUCUUGAUGUUGAUGAAGUCUGGGGUACGAAGAAAGAAAAGGAAGAGAAGAAACGGAAGAAGGAGGAAAACGCUGCCUAUGACCUCAAGUCAACCGCUGGUCGCAAGGACGACAAAAAGAAGGACGAUGUCGAGGUCGAAGGGCAAGGUCUGAUGUUGUUUGAGGACGAAGAGGUUACUGACGAUGUCAAGCCCCAGUUUGCUGGCCAUGUUGUUGCUGUCGUUGAACGCAUGCCUGGACAGCUCUUCUCUGGAACUCUCGGUCUCUUGCGUCCUUCUUCUGCCGCCACGAAGGAGAAACAGGAGGCGGAACGCCGCGAACGUGAAGGAGACAAAGGCGAUGAACCUAGGCGUGCACCCCUCGAGAGACCCAAAAUUGUCUGGUUCAAACCUACUGACAAGCGAGUUCCUCUUAUCGCUAUCCCCACGGAGCAGGCACCUCCUGAUUUCAUCCAGAAUUCAGACGCCUAUGUUAACAAGCUUUUCGUCGCUUGUAUCAAGCGUCACCCCAUUAGUUCCCUGCAUCCCUUCGGUACUCUGGUGGAGGAACUUGGUCCCAUCGGUGAUAUUGAGGUUGAAACAAGUGCCCUUCUCAAAGACUGCAACUUCCCGACCGAGGAUUUCACGGACAAUGUCAUCAAGUGCUUGCCUCCCAUCCCAUGGUCUAUACCUGAACGCGAACUAGAGCUCAGGAAGGACAUUCGAACAGCUCGUGUCUUCUCAAUAGAUCCAGCUACGGCGAAGGACUUGGAUGACGCAUUGUCCAUUAAGUUGAAUGAUAACGGGACUUACGAAGUCGGUGUCCACAUCGCUGACGUUUCUUACUUUGUCAAACCAAAUACUGCGUUGGAUCGCGACGCUCGCAAACGCGCCACUAGUGUUUACCUCGUUCAACGUUCUGUCCCCAUGCUCCCUCCUGCUUUAAGUGAGCAACUUUGCAGUCUCGUACCUGGUCAAGACAGGCUCGCUUUCUCUGCGAUCUUCACCCUUAGUAAAGAAGCUAAGAUUCUGAACAAAUGGUUCGGAAAAACUAUCAUUCGAUCGGCCUCUCAACUCUCCUACGAGGAUGCUCAAAAUGUGAUUGAAGGCAAGACUUUGGGCGAAGUUCCCGUAAUUCCUGAGCAUAAUGCAAGUGAUAUUGAACACGAUAUCAAAAUACUCCAUGGUCUCGCGAAAAAGUUGCGUCAAGAGCGAUUCGACAACGGAACUCUCAGUCUCGAAUCUUUGCAGUUACAGUUUAAGCUGGAUGAUAAUGGAAUCCCGGUUGACUGCUGGCAGCGCGAGCGCAACGAUGCAAAUGAUUUGAUACAAGAAUACAUGCUCCUUACCAACCUGUCUGUCGCGCAACAUGUCGCUGUGCAUCUUUCCGAACAGGCGCUUCUUCGCCGACAUGACAACCCGCUUGAACGUCGCCUUAACACAUUUUUGGAACGCGCUGAACGUCUUGGCUAUAAAAUGGAUACGUCUUCCCCUGGUGCCCUGAUGCGCUCAUUCGACAGCAUACGUGACCCCACUGCUCGAAGAUUGCUGGAGUUGCUCUCGUUUAAAGCCACGCAACGUGCCAAGUACUUCUGUAGCGGAAUGCUGGAUAUUGCCAAAUACCACCAUUACGCCUUGAACGUCCCUUUGUACACCCACUUUACCUCGCCAAUACGUCGCUACGCUGACCUUCUCGUUCAUCGUCAACUCGAAUCAAUCCUUCAAGGAGGAGCUGAGCCCAAGUUCACUAUGGACCGCGAUGCUGUGGCCAAGGUAGCCCAACAAUGUAACAUUAAACGAGACUCUGCUUCACUGGCACAAGAGCAAUCCACUCACUUGUAUCUAUGUGUGCUGAUCUCUGAUCUUACUCAACGAUACGGUCCUGUUAUCCGUCAAGCCAAAGUUAUAAACGUGCUAGACGCCGCCUUUGACGUUUUAGUCCCCGAAUUUGGCAUUGAGAAGCGUGUUCAUGUUGACCAAAUGCCUAUCGACAACCAUGUCUACGACGAGCACACUCAUACGCUUCAGAUCUACUGGUCCAAUAAGGAUGUGAUUACUUGGUUGGCUGAAAACAGCGACGACGAACAUCUGAACAAGAUCAAGCAGAAUGCCGAACAGCAUGCUCUGAAGAUGGAAGUAACCUCCCGAUCAGUGCACGAUGAAAAGGCGCUCUUCGAUGAGGAGGAUGUUGAAGAAGAUGAGAUUAUUCUGGGUCGUAAUGAUCAAUCUGCGGGGCCGGAAACAUCGAAACAGAGGUUGUUAUCAAUCGCCAAGCCCGCGCCUGUUUUCGAGGGCCUCAGGAAAGCUCCUUCUGGUCACAAAAUUCAGGACAUCCGCGAACUAAUGACUGUUCCUGUCAUUGUUACUGCUGAUCUGACUAAGAGUCCUCCUGUCAUAAAGGUGUACAGUGUCAACCCUUACGCCGAGCAGAAGAAUUGAAACUGAAGUUGCUUUGGGGUCUCCUCUUGAACACGUUGUAUUUCUACCUAAUCCUUCAAAUUUGCCUCCAUUCUUUCACUCUCCUCUCCUUAUGAAGUUACUGACCUAACCAAUCUCUUUGGCCCUGGUCAUGUUUUUACGGCCGUUUGUGGUCUGCUCACACGUAUUAUGUGGAUUACUUUUACAGAUUGGUGAACCCGUUUAUGCUGCGUAGCUUGUAUUUCGUCGUGUACCAUCAUUUAGUAUUGAGAAAAAAUAAAUUCACUAUGCUUUU